GUCCGCCCGUCGGACCAUCCAACUUGGUCAGCUUCUCUAGCUCGGUGUAGAAGUGAGACAUGACUACCCGGACUUGGCUACACAGGAUGAAUUUUCAUCGAGUAUUUGUUCUUUUGGUAGUGUUUAUAACGAUAGAUUUCAACUGUUGUCAUGGGAGAAGGGAGUGGCAUAACAGUUUUUAUGACUUCACGGUGAAAAAUAUCGACGGAAAGCGGGUUCGCCUUGAAAAAUACCGUGGCACGCCAUCACUUGUUGUGAACGUAGCCAGCGAGUGCGGCUACACUGAUAGGACCUACCAUGAACUGGUGGAGCUCAGUAAAGACCCGCAGUUUGAAGGUCGCCUCAACAUCCUGGCAUUUCCUUCUAAUUCGUUCUACCAGGAGUUGCACUCCAACGAGGAGAUCAAACGCUAUGUCAAGGCUUUGUACGAUGUGGAGUUUCCUCUCUUUGCUAAAGUGGAGGUGAUUGGGCAUGGUGCGGACCCGGCUUGGCAGUUCCUCACCUCAAAUGCCCACCAAGAGCCGACCUGGAACUUCUGGAAGUACUUGGUAGAUUCAGAGGGACAGGUCAAAGGCGCCUGGGGCCAAGAUACCCCUGUCCAUAGCUUAUACAGUGAACUCCUGGAUGAAGCAAUCAUGGCUGAACCUUACCGCUACCGUCACUCCCACUUUGACGAUGAGUUCUGACAAGGACUGCAAAGAUAACUGCGGAGUCAUUUCUGCUUGUUCACUUGCACAAUUCUGGUUAGAUGUCGGUAAGAAGCGUUGGUAUUGCACACGCAUGGGUCACAAUCGAUGUGUAACGGUGUAUUAACUUUGCCUAAAUCAAAUAUUUUGGGGUCAAAGAAAUCUGUUUGGUUUAAGAGAAAUUUGACUUGGAAUGGAUUUAUAACACUGGUCUCAAAAACUGCUUUGACUUUUGUGAAUGUAUGACUAAUGGAAGGUCGAUCAUAUUCAAGUUUUCCGGUAUUUGCAUGGUGUUGCAAGUAUUUUCUAGAAGAAAGGAAAUAAAGAAAUGAAGGUGAAAGUGAGACAAAUUUCUUUAAGAGCUUACAGAAAAUUGAAACAAAAGAAGGAAGAGAACAGACCGUAUAAUAGCAGUAAAUGUGUCCUUGAAGAAGUUUCAGAACCUUGGUAAGAGUGGAAGGUUUACACUGAGGUCAGAGGUCAGACAUUGAGUCACAUUUUUUUGAGAUGGUGAGGGUGAAGCAUGAUCUUGAUUGAAUUAACCAAUUGCCUACUGAAUUCAAUGAUUCCCAUAGGCUUUGUACAGGGACUGCCUGGUUCCAGUAUGCAGUGAGUUGGUAGAGAUGUCUGUAUAAGCAACACACACACAUACACACCCACUCAAGCACAAGUAGCACAUAUAUGUAUGGCUCAUUCUUUUUGUUGGUUUUUACAAUUUAAAGGCCAAGUCCCCCUCGAGAACAAAGUGAUUUGAAUAAAUAGUGAAAAAGGAACACUUACUAAAAGUUUCAUCAAAAUCACAUUUAAAACUAAAUCAACAUUCUGAAAUUUUGCUUAAAUUUCCAAUAUCAUUUUCAUCAAUUGGCUGCUUUUAUUCAAACCAAUUAAUGAAAGGUAUGUUUAUGAAUAUAUGUCAUGUUGGAAAUAAAUCUUGCCAUGUAGUUAAUUUGUGCAUACUCAACAUCACUGCCGAAACAUAAAACAGUAUUAUUGUGAAGAUGUAUUGCAUAAGAUGUUCCUGUAAGACACAAAGAUUAUUGUGUAAUUGACUUGUUUCUGUCCCUAGCUGGUGCUAUAGAGAUAGAUAGAGAUAUAUAUGUGAUGCUAGGGAUAUUCGUACUGUGUAGGAUUUACAGGGUUUGUGUUUUUUGCUUUUUCUUUUUUAUUGUUUUUUUUUUUUAGCUUAUUGAAAAGAAAUGUGAGUAUAUCUAGUCAUUUAUUGACUUUUAUUCUUUACAAAGUCUAUUUCAAUGACAUUUUUUUAAUGAAAUAUAGGACUUUGGUGGAAUUUAUACAAUAAUUAUUUCAAAAGAUGCCUCAUUUUAGAAAUAAAAGUGCUCUUAUUACUUCAUUGACUAAUUUGCUUACUGCUUGCUAAAUACUUCUUUUUAAAGGGGGAACAAAUUGACCUACACUGUACACUGAGUGGUCUUUUAUUGACUAUGUGUUAUAUAGUGUAUCCCAGAAAAAAGGGAAACGGGAUUCCCAUGUCUUUUUUCUUUAAAGGAAAAUGAAAUAUGAUAUUUCAUUUACGUCAUUAUACAAUUAAAUUAUUACUAUAUAUUUUGAUACACACAACACUUCACACAUUAAUGAGCAAGACGAGUUUGAAAUUUUAAUUUGUAAACACAUAUUUAAUAAUUGUGAAAUCUGUCUCUGAAAAUGAGGUUCCUUUUUUAUGGGAUGCACUGUAUAAGAGGCUAGUCUUCAAAUUUACCUUUUGAGGUAUCAAUGAUACAGAGAACAGUAAGCCUUUAAUUCUUGUUGUACAGGGAAUCUGGAAUUAUGCUCUGAGAGGAAAAGUACUUUUUUUUUUACUUAAUAACAAAAAUAUUGUGGUAUGUAUAUAUAUUGAAUGGUGAAUUAGUUAUCUUACAAUAUUCUGCAUUUAUUUUAAGACUUCAAUACCUAGAAUGUUGCAUUAUGGAAUAUGGGUUAUUGAUAAUACUCGAUUGAAAAUAACAAAAUAGAUUUGGUCGAUUUGCAGUCGGUAUUUCUGGUGUGCCUGUUACCUGAAGGUUCAUCAGGGGCUGUUGAAUAGGGUUUACUGACGGGUGGUCUAAUAUCACUUGGUCUAAUCAUAAGAUGGACUAACAACAUUUCGGCUAAACCCACUUAGUCCAAUUCUCUCUUGGUCUAAUGACCACUUGGUCUAAUAGCCAAUGGAUCUAAUGGCCCAUUGGUCUAAUAGCCACUUGGUCAAAUGCCUAGUUGGGCUAAUCGUCACUUGGUCUAAUUUGCAUUUGGUCUAAUACCAGUUCGUCUAAUAGUCGAAGUGGAGAUUAGACCAAGUGGUGUUAGACCAACUGGAAAUUAGGCUAAAUGGUUUUAGCCCAAUUGCUCAUUAGAUGAAUUGGAUAUAGACCAAGUGGGAAACUAGACGAAUUGGAUAUUAGACCAACUUAAGCAGGAUUAUACGAACAGGUUGUAGACGAAAUGA